AUGGCUCCAACUAAUCUAACCAAGAAACCAUCUCAAUACAAACAGUCUUCAAGAAAGGGUAAGAAAGCAUGGAGAAAAAAUAUCGAUUUAUCUGACGUAGAACAAUAUAUGGAAAAGAAAAUUGAUCAUGAAAUUACGCAUGGUACCAGUGAUAUAACCUCUUUGCAAAAUGAUGCUCUUUUUCAUGUUGAUGUUGAGGGUGAUGAGAUAUUGAAAAAUAAAUUAAUUAAAAGGAAACAAAUUAAGAAGGUUCUAAAAAGUAAAGAGAUUUUAGACGCCGUUAAAACGAAUUCAAAAAUUGCAGCACUAAAUCACCAUAAGAAUAGUAGUGGAAAUCCUAAUAAGAUUCAAGGUGUUUCUAAACACGAAUUAAAGAAAUUAAUGGCUUUGGCUGGCAGAGUACACGGCGAAUCGAAGAUCAAGAAUAGAGUUGCCAAAGACGGUCUAGUUAAAACAACGGCUGGCGACUUAUGGGGUGAAGAAUCCAAUUCAAAGAAACAGAAGGUCAAAUUACCUUCCGGUAUCAAACUUGAUGUGGAAAAAAAGGACCAGAUACCUGAAGAACUAUUGAAAAAAUCCACGACAAGUUGGUCUACUGCUUCAGUCAGACCAAGUACUUUAGAUAUAGAGCCAAUUGCAGUAAAAGAAUUCACAGAAAUUCCACAUGCUGGUAAAUCCUACAAUCCCAACAAUAAAGCUUGGUCAGAAUUGAUAAACAAAGAGUAUAAAGAGGAAAAGGCAAGAGAAGAUGAAAGAAUCGCCUUGGAAAAGUACAAAGAAAGAAUUAGACAUUUAAUGGAAACUUUAGAUGACAAUGAAGAGGAAGAGUCUUCAUCAAACGAAGAAGAAGAAGAAGAAGAAGAAGAAAAUGAAAAUGAAAAUGAAAGUACGCAAUGUAGUGGAUCUGAUAAGGAAAUAAAACUAUCAAUAAAUAAGCCUGUGAAGAAUAAAAAGAAAACAAAAUAUCAAAGAAACAAGGCAAAGAGACAUGAAGAGAAAGUAAAAUUGCAACAAGAGUUGAAAGAAUUGAGACAACGUGUUAAAGAUUUAGAAGAAGUUAUCAAUUCUGAAGAGACUGAGAUACUUUCAGCCAUAGAGUCAGAUAGCAACAAGGUUAAAAAAAGCAAGAAAAAUAAGAAACACAAGUUAGGGACGAAAUACUCUGUGAUUGAUGAAAGAUUGGAGAUUAAAUUUUCUGACGAAUUAUCUGACUCAUUGAGAAAACUGAAACCUGAAGGAAAUCUGCUAUAUGAUACUGUGAGAAAACUACAAAGUUCUGGUAAGGUCGAAACAAGAGUGCCCGUUAGGAAAGGUAGAAAGUAUAAGCAGAAAAUCACUGAAAAGUGGACACAUAAGGACUUCAAAUAG